AUGAGGUUUGGUGUGACCCUUGUGCUUCUUCUACUGGUAUUCAGGGGUGUUGCACAGGAAGAAACCCAAGGUAAAGGCUGUGUUUGUGGAUACCCUGGAAUACCAGGGGACCCUGGGCACAAUGGGUCUCCUGGCAGAGAUGGGCGAGAUGGACUAAGAGGUGACAAAGGUGAUCAAGGUGAAGUUGGCCCUGUUGGACCAGCAGGCAAUGAUGGUCACAAGGGAAACAAAGGGGAACCUGGUGCAGUUGGCCCAGCAGGGCUCAAAGGAAAAAGGGGAGAUAAUGGAGAACGGGGGCCCCCUGGGAAAAUGGGGCCUCAAGGAGUCCAAGGGCCCAUGGGUUUGAAAGGAAAUAAGGGAGAGCUCGGGCUGCCUGGACCCCAGGGUCUCAAAGGGGAUUUGGGGCCUCCUGGGCCAGAGGGUCCAAAGGGGGAAAUUGGCCUUCAAGGUGACAGAGGCAUUCAGGGACCACUGGGAGUCCCUGGAAGGCCAGGCCCCAAGGGGGAAAUUGGUGUUCCAGGUCACAAAGGCAGCAUUGGAUAUCGUGGGGACAAGGGAGCCCGAGGAGAGACGGGAGAGAAGGGUGAAAAGGGCGAUGCACUUGUUAUUCCUAAAAGCGCCUUCUCUGUGGGCCUCACAGCACAAACUAAACUCCCAUUAGCCAACAUGCCGAUCCGGUUUGACAAGAUUAUUUACAACCAACAAAAUCACUAUGACCUACAAACAGGAAGAUUCACCUGCUCUGUGGCAGGAGCCUAUUUCUUUACUUACUACAUCACUGUCUUCUCCAGAAAUGUUAAAGUGGUUCUCAUGAAGAAUGGGGAAAAGAUCAUUCACACCAUGGAUAACUACCAGAACAGUGAGGACCAAGCAGCAGGGGGUGCUGUGCUGCACCUGAACGUGGGGGAUAAGGUGUGGCUGCAGGUAGUUGGAGGAGAGCUCUUCAAUGGGCUUUUUGCUGAUGAAGAUGAUGACACCACCUUCUCUGGAUUCUUAAUCUUUGGGGCUUGAUUACUUUAUUAUGGCUUGUAUUAGAAACAGUAAGAUAAUUUAAAUAAUAGAAAUCAGUCAGCAGAGAUCAGCCUGCCUCUAAA